UCAGAAAACCACAAAUCUAUUUCAGAAAAACUCAAAUGUGUUUCAGAAAAGCGUAAAUGUAUUUCAGAUAUUCAAUAUUCCUUUCAGAAAAACGCAAAUGUGUUUCAGAAGAACUCAAAUGUGUUUCAGAAAACAGCAAAUGUAUUUUAGAUAUUCAAUAUGGCUUUCAGAAAAACGAAAACCUAUUUUGGAAAAGCUCAAGUUUUUUUCAGAAAACCACAAAUGUAUUUCAGAACACCACAAAUCUAUUUCAGAAAAGCGGAAAUUCAAAGAAUGUAUAGAAAAGCGUACCGGCCGACCCGAUACUGAAUUAGUACGAGAUACGCCUGAAGAAGAGCUUAUAAUUGAAUUAGCACUAAUCGCUGCUAUUCGUCAACAAUUGAAGAAAACACUGGAAGAUUUCGAGCAGCAGCAAGUAGAGAAUCGCACAGCGCGUCAACGUCUUGAGUACGAUUGGAGCGACAAAAAGGAAGCCUACGAAAUGGACGCCAUUAAUGUAGGUCUCAAUAAUUAUUCGAAGACCAUAAUGUUCCGACCAGGCGCAAUACGCCAACCUGCUGAACAAGCCUCCGAGCAGUAUUGGGAACAUUUUAGUAAAGAAACUUUAGAAGAAUGUGAGAAGUGCCGUCAAAAAUCAAUUAAACUACGCCAGACGCUCAAUUCGAUAUUAAUGAAUGCCGCACGUGAUAUUCGUAUCCAGGCUAAUGUGGUAGAGCGUGCUUUUAUAGCUCGCAUUAAUUGUACUCAAGAAAACCUUCAACGCUUCGAAAACGAAUUACAUGCUCUAUCAGCGAAAUAUUCUACACUUGUAAAUGUAAAAGGUGGCGCUAAAGUAAUCCUCCUAUCAGAAAAUGCUAUAAAUUUUGCGAUUGGCCCCUAA